AUGUCUACCAAGAUUACCAGAUCACAAACUCGUAAUCAUCAGAUUACCAAUAAAAACUCAAAAAGUAGAUCAACAAUUGAAAAUCCAAAUAGUGACCAUAAUGAAGAUGAAAAGUUCAGAACACUAUCGGAAGAAAUAGAAAAUUUGAAGAAAGCACUUGAGGAGAAAGAGAUUGAGGGGGAGUAUAUGAUCAGCCUGUUGAAACAAGAAAUAAGUAACUUGAAGACAGAUAACCAGGGGAAGGACAAACAUAUUAUUCAACUCAAAAGACGAAGCCAGGAUUUCGAGGAAGAUGUGUUUGAGACUGAAAAAAGUUUUUCAAUAGAGUCUCAACGACAACGUCGAACAAUACUGGAAUUGAAUGAGGAAAUUGCAAAACCUACAGAUGAGAUCAUACUUUUACAAGAAAAAAAUGACGAAGCUGUAGUAAAGCUCAGAGAAAGCGAAAAAAAUAUAGACGAAUGGAAAGCUAUGAGAAAAAUCAUGUUAAAGUCAAUUGAAACUCUUACCCAAGAAAACAACUCAUACAUUGAUCAACUGAAGUCAAUGAGGAAUGUGAAGCAACUUUCACAAGAAGAACCAAAAAAUCAAGCAAAUAACAAUGAAACAAAACAAGCAGUCGAACAGAAGAAAAUAAUUAGGAAUCAAAUGGUACAUUCAAGGAAACCUCACGAAAAAGUCAAAACCAAGAUCCUAGUUGUCGCGGGAUAUCAAGGUAGGGAUAUUGCAAAAAACUUGUAUAAUAUAUUGAGUGAUACGUGUUCAGUUCAAGCUAUAUUGAAACCAAAUGCAAAUGACGAUGUAUUAAUCGAAACUGCUUUGAAUAACAGCAGAAACUUCAGUGAUAGUGACGUGGUUAUCCUCUGGCCUAAUAAAUGUGAUAAAAAUAUCAUUGAAAAAUUCGUAAUGAAACUCAAGCAUACCCAACCCCUCAUAAUCACAGAAGCCUACCGCUACGAUUACACAUAUGAAAACGAAAAUAUUUAUUAUAGGAACCUGGACUUGUUCCAAAAAGUAUAUAAACUGGGCUUGAACAAAUGUCCUAUCAUUGAGUGCAACAAUAUCAUCAAUAGAAGUUGUUAUAAAUUAGAUAGGGUUAGCCUGAAUUUCAAAGGAAAAUUGUUUUUGACAAUAGAUGAUAUUCAUGGCAAAAACAGGAUACUAUUAUUAUCAUUAGCAACAUCUUCUGAAGCACCCAGCUUCUUUAAAGAUGAUAUGUAUCUUUUUUUUGCUCUCCUCAACCAAGCUUUGAUUGCGUCUUCGGAAGAUUUUCUUUUCGCCGAUAAUCCGUUGACUUGA